CACCAAGAGCAUACAUUGGACGGUGACUUAAGCCAGAAACUAUCCCCUUCACACCCUGGGAUGUCAUUGGAGGAAGCUUGUGAAUGGUGGAACUGGAGAAAAUAGAGCAACGCAUGAUGCGUGCACGACGUGAGCUGUUAGGGCUUCGUAAUAGCUCCUUGCACCUUGUUCCCGCAAACAAACUGCUACCUGAAAUUCUAUCUUACAUAUUUCUUCUUGGCGUUGAACAAGCGGAAUAUGACCUGGACAUGGCGGAAUCCGACUCCGAGAUGUGCAGACGAUGGAGGACAAUUGCUAUCAAUACGGCUACUUUGUGGACUCAUAUCGACUUUUCUGAUCAUCCGCCUCACAACCUGACACGACUCUUUCUUGCACGAUCCAAAGGAGCUAUUCUGGGCGUCAACCUUACUCUGACUGACAUCGACGACCUAGAGAGUGAGGCACACAUCACCGAGGGAAUGGACAUCCUCGGCGAGCAUGUCUCAAAAAUCGGUUCUCUUACUGUCGAUGCAGCUACAGACAUGCAGCUUGAUCUCCUCCUUACGGCAUUUCUGCAGAGAUGUGAGCCGCAGCCAGGGACUCAUGAUCAGACUCGGGCAGCUCUGCGGAAGCUGAAGUUGGUAGACGUCUCCGGCUCAGGGUAUGCUUUAACGCCAAACAUAUCUCGGGAACGUCUUCCCUUCGUGUUUCAGACCCUGCGAGGCCUAGAUGAUGUCACAUUGGAGGGGACAUCGCUGCCUUGGCACAGUCCGGCGUUCGAAGGACUGAAGCGAUUACACCUAGUGGGAUUGGGAACCGAUGCCCUGCCAUUUGAGGAUGAGUUUGUCAACAUUAUCCAGAAUUGUCCUUUAUUGGAAAAGCUGAAGCUCGAAGAGGCAGGCCUCACCCUUGAAAAUAGUUCUGACAUCGUUAAAAUGCGGCGCCAAACGCAUCCAAUUGACCUUCAUCGACUCGAUUCAUUACAUCUUUCUACGUUGUCAUGGAAUGAGAUGGAGUUCAUUCUCCACCUCAUCAAUGCUCCAAACUUGAAAAGCCUGUGGAUUGAUACGCCCACGGAGAGCGUGAAUCCGGAUGGUACUAUUGUCGACGAGGGACAGGAAAUUGAAGGUCUUCCCCGAGACGAACAUGUGCUGAAAACCGUUGCGGUAUUCAUCAACCGCUCUCAAGCAGACACCUUUGAGAGCUCCUCUUUGCACACCCUACACAUCGAAUCCUUUGACACCACUAUAACAGCUGACGACGAUACAAACCCACAUUUAAUGGAAGUGUUGAAGGCUGUCCCUAAUCUUAACACCCUCGAGCUUUGUGAGAUUGCGGUCGGAGAUGUUGUUUUGGAAUCUCUUUCUGCCGUUACACCAACUCCAUCUGUGCCAGGCUCCCCAUCAAAACCCCCUUCCAAGGCGCCUUCAAUGUCUACAUCGAUAUCUAGUAUCGUCAGCGAGCAAAUCCCGUCACCUUCCAUCUACCCCCCUCCAACAUCGUUUGCGCAGUAUGAAUUCGAUGAAGAUGAUGACGAUGACGAGGAUUGGGCUGACGAAGAUACGAUGGAGGUUGACCAUGAUAGUUCCACCCCCCACCAAGAUCACAUCCCGAGUCCGCGCCCGAAGAAAAUCAUCCCAAUUUGUCCGUCACUCCAAGUUCUCAAGCUUGAGUUGAUUCACGACAUUACCCGAGAAGCUUUGAGGUGCUAGCCAACCGAAAUAACCGGGGUAUGCCUUUGAUAUUGAAACUGAGCGAUAUGUUUGGGGAGGUUCUCGAAGAGCUUCAAGUGGAAUUCGAACCACUUUG